ACGCCGGGGAAGGGAGAAGCCCGCCGGGCCGCGGAUUAUACUCGCCCUGCAGAAACGUCCGGAGAGGUACCAACAAGACAAACGCGGACAAAAGACAAGUGUGUUCGUGCAGUCUGACGACUUAAACCGCACAAUAAGUAUAAAAGCAAACCAGUCGGUCCAGUAGUUGUUUUUUUUUUGGGGGGUGGGAGGAUAAAAACAAUUGCAUUUUUCAAAUACUGCCCGGAGGGAGUGAGUGAGUCGUGGUGGUGGGGAACAAAUAAGGACAGAUGCAUCGGUGGUGCUGAAGGAAAACAAAAACGAUGGCAAAGGUAUCGCGUUUGUUUUCAACCGCGCACAGCUGAGGUGUCAGACGCCCCCCGGCUCCUGUGCUUGGCUGUUUUAAUUAAGCCCUAACAGCGCCGCGGAAACGGCGAAGUGACCCAACUCCGCCAGCCGGCCAGCCAGCGAGUAGGUGGGGGGGCAGUAAGGCUCCCCCCUCACCCCCCGCCCCGCUGUGAGUUUGCCCUUCCGCGCCGCCAGACUGAGCCCCGGCUGAGACACGUGUUUUGCUGCGGUUCCGGUGUGCAGCCCUGCUUACUUCAGCGGCCAUUGGGAGUGGAGCUGGGGAGGCGGCUGUUUUGUUUCGUUUCGUUUCGUUGUGCUGUGUGUUCGUGUGUGCCUGGCUCCCCGUGAGCGUCCGAGCCGGGCGCCCGGCCGCGAUGGUGCAGUGCGUGGUCCAGGGGUGCCCCAACAAAACCUACCCCAAGGCGGGGUUCGCCAACCGGCCGCGCAAGCGCUUCUUCAGCUUCCCGAGAGACCAGGCCCGGGUGAAAGUGUGGCUCGCCGCCCUGAGGGAGACGGAGCGGGUGCUGUCCGACCACCACCGCAUCUGCGAGGACCACUUCCUCAAGCACCACAUCACCCCGUUAGGGGUCACGAAGGACGCCAUCCCCAUCAUGCCGCCCUACCUGGACGGGCCGCUGGCCUCGAGUGCGGGGACGGAGCUCGGCGAGUUCGCUGGCGACGCGGAGAUCGAGGAGGAGAACCGCAGUCGUUGUUAUAAGGAGCGGUCAGUGAACUGGGAGACCCCUCCAGAGGAAACUCUUGAACGUUCAGCAAUGGAUGAAGAGGGGCUGGCAGGGAGUCCCACAAUAAAAGAAGAAAAGAUGGGACGCGUCCGUUGCGAUGUCUCCCUGGUCUACCUCACCAAGAAGUUCAUGGACCUGAUCCGGACGGCUCCGGAUGGCAUCCUGGAUUUGAACAACGUGGCGCGGACGUUGGGAGUACGCAAGAGGCGCGUUUACGACAUCACCAAUGUGCUAGACGGCAUUCAGCUCAUUCAGAAACACACCAAGAACCAGAUUCAGUGGGUGGGUUCAAACCUGAUCUUUGGGGGACAAGGAGAAAAGAGGCAGCAGAAGCUGAAGGAUGAGCUCCUGGAUCUAGCGGUGAUGGAAGAAGCACUGGAUGAGCUCAUUAAGGACUGUGCCCACCAGCUGUUUGAAUUAACAGACCACAAAGAAAACGCAAGCUCAGCUUAUGUGACCCACAGGGACAUCCGCCAGAUCCACGCCUUCCAGGAGCAGGUGGUCAUAGCCAUCAAGGCACCCGAAGAGACUAAGCUGGAGGUUCCUAUGCCAAAGGAGGACGGCAUCCAGAUCCACCUCAAGGGCUCCAGAGGCCCGAUCUCGGUGCUGCUGUGCGAGACGGACGGGUCGGAGGGAGAUGCGGAGGAAGACGGCGGGACCUUCUGCCCCCUGGAGGACAGCCGAGUUCACGUGGCGCCUCUGCUCAGAGACGAACCAACUGUUUCAUCGUCAUCAGCUGCGAAGUCCCCGCACUCGGAGAACGGCGACUAGACGGCCUCGUCUGGGCUUUUGAGUGGCUCCUGCACUUUGUACGUGGUCCCGAGAAGAACUAGAGGGCAGUAAUCAUCGAGGAUGUAUGACUGCGCUCGUUUCGAAGUGAGCAUGUGUAAAAUAAUCAUGAGUGAAGUGAGCGAGUCGUUGAAACAGGGAUUUUGUGUUCCUUUGAAUCUGAUUUGAAAGAUGGAAAAAAGUCUCGCUGGGCUUUACAGCAGUCCUAUUUCUAUUGAUCAACUGUGAGUGCGUGAUGUAAUAAUAUGAAAGAUUUAUUUUUAUGUCUGACUGUGGUAAGAAAUAUUUUGUAAUAGACUUUCACUGCUGCUCUGAAAUGUGAAGCUCCAUUGGAGCUCUCCAGUGUAGUGGCAGGAUCAGGGAAGCUUUUAAUGUGUCUUUCAUUUACCUGUGUACAUGAUACAUUUUCUCCAGGUAAGCAAUCGUUCCAAAAUCUAAUUAGGUAUUGAAAUAUGAUAUUAAGUAGCAGAACAACCAAAUAGAUUUGUGUUUAUUUUGUGUUCUUUUUGUAUAUUGGAUUUGAUAAAAUAAACUCAAGUGAUAUCAA